AUGACUCACAGACGAGUUCGUUCUUUCAUCGGCUUAGAUACCAGAACAUGUGGGAAUAUAAUUUCUUUUAACACCUGUAAACCUGGGACUUCUUCAACUUCUCCAUUUUCUUUUCUUUUCUUUUCUUUUGUUCUUUUUCUUCUUUUUCUUUUUUUCUUUUUCUUUUUUUUCUUCUUUUUUUUUCUUCCUCCUCCUUUUUCUUUUUUUUCGUUCAGGACAUUUAAGAAAAUAGUUCCUUUGCAUUUCCAGUCCGUCUCCAGCCAAUCUUUCUAUUUCUACUCGCCUUUUCCGUCCAUUCGUCGGGCAGAGCGCCAUACAGCCCAACCCAACGCUUCGUUUUAUUUCUCUUCUUGUUUUUCCCCCCAUCUUUUCUUUUUGAGGCUUAAAUUAACAUCCCGCUCAAUGCACGUCUGUCUCUCCUUUCCCGCCAUUCAUCUUUCUUUUAUUUUCUUACAUUCCUCUUCUUUCUUUUUCUUCCCUUACUUUUCUUCUUUGUCCAGAAUUUCUCGUUCCAUUCCGAAUGUGUUCCCCUAUCUUCGUUUAUUAAUUCACAUUUUUUCGAUAUUCUCCUCUUCCUUCUCCUCUUCAACACCUCCCACUUCUUUUCCCCUCCUCCGUCUUCUUCACACUCUUUUCACCUCUGCUUAUUCAUUUCUUUCUUAUUUCAAAUUUUUUUCUACCAAUGAUGCUCUUUUUAUUUUCAUUUCUUCUUCUUCUUCUUCUUCUUCUUCUUCUUCUUCUUCUUCUUCUUCUCUCUUGUUUUCACCUCCUCUUCUCUUCUUUUUCCUUCGAAUUCCCUUCUUUUUUCCACUCCUCCUCCUCCUUCUCUCUUGUUUCCACUUCCUGUUCCCUCUCUUUUCUCUUCCUCCUCCUCCCCCGCCCCCUCCUUCCUGUUCUCUUCUUUUUCCUUCGAAUUUCCUUCUUUUUUCCACUCCUCCUCAUCUCUUCUUCUCUCUUGUUUUUCACUUCCUGUUCCUUCUUAUUUUUCCACCUCACUUCUUCCUCCUCCUCCUCCUCCUCCUGCUUCUUCUUCUUCUUCUUCUUCUUCUUCUUGUUUCCACUUACUGUUCUCUUCUUUUUCCUUCGAAUUUCUUUCUUUGUUCUCACUCCAACUCCGCCUCCUCCUCCUCUUCUUCUUCUUCUUCUUUUUUUCCCAUUUCUUUUCCAUGUUAG